CGUGUGCGCUCCUCCGCUCCCAGCUGCUGCUGCCCCAGCUCCCAGCGCCGCAGUGGACGGGGCCGAGCCUCUCCGGCUUUAAAUCCAUAAAUUACCGCCGCGCGGCGCCCCUCCCGCCGCCUGCCAGCUGCCAGCCCCGGGACCUUUUCAUCUCUUCCCUUCUGGCCGGAGGAGCCGAGUUCAGAUCCGCCACUCCGCACCCGAAACUGACACACUGAACUCCGUGUCCUCCUCUGAAAUCCAUUUCUGCCUAAUAGCCACUGGUGGUGUCCCCGUCUCGUCGCUCCAGGAAAACUUCUUCUAACUCCCCCGAGUGAGGGUUCCCCCUGCCCACCGUGCAUUCAUAUUUCCACUUCGGGAACUACUGGCCUUUUCUUUUUAAAGGAAUUCGAGCAAGAUAUCCUUUUUGUUUUUUUUUUCCCCUAUUGGACAGUGACUCGGUUGUUUGCAAAAGUUUCACAUUUUAAAAAAAAUCUACCUGAUCUGUAUUUUAAGACUGGUUGGUUUCUUUUUUUUUUUUAUACCAUUUUUUACUAUUUUUAUUUUUUUAUUUUUUUUUAACUUUUUCCACCUUUAAAAAAAAAAUGCACUGCUGUGUGCUGAGCGCCUUUCUGCUCCUGCAUCUGGUCACGGCCGCGCUCAGCCUUUCUACCUGCAGCACACUCGACAUGGACCAGUUCAUGCGCAAGAGGAUCGAGGCGAUCCGCGGGCAGAUCCUGAGCAAGCUGAAGCUCACCAGCCCCCCAGAAGACUACCCCGAGCCCGAGGACGUGCCCCCGGAGGUGAUCUCCAUCUACAACAGCACCAGGGACUUGCUCCAGGAGAAGGCCAGCCGCAGGGCGGCCGCCUGCGAGCGGGAGCGCAGCGACGAGGAGUACUACGCCAAGGAGGUGUACAAGAUAGACAUGCCGCCCUCCUUCCCCUCGGAAAAUGCCAUCCCGCCCACUUUCUACAGACCCUACUUCAGGAUCGUCCGGUUCGACGUGUCGGCCAUGGAGAAAAACGCUUCCAACCUGGUGAAGGCAGAGUUCAGAGUGUUCCGCCUGCAGAACCCAAAGGCCCGGGUGCCCGAACAGCGCAUCGAGCUGUACCAGAUCCUCAAAUCCAAAGACCUGACGUCUCCAAUGCAGCGCUACAUCGACAGCAAAGUCGUGAAAACCAGAGCGGAGGGGGAGUGGCUCUCCUUUGACGUCACCGACGCCGUUCACGAGUGGCUGCACCAUAAAGACAGGAACCUGGGAUUUAAAAUAAGUUUACACUGUCCCUGCUGCACCUUUGUGCCAUCUAAUAAUUACAUCAUCCCCAAUAAAAGCGAAGAACUAGAAGCAAGAUUUGCAGGUAUUGAUGGCACCUCCACAUAUACCAGUGGUGAUCAGAAAACUAUAAAGUCCACUAGGAAAAAAAACAGUGGGAAGACCCCACAUCUCCUGCUAAUGUUGUUACCCUCCUACAGACUUGAGUCACAACAGCCCAACCGGCGGAAGAAGCGUGCUUUGGAUGCAGCCUAUUGCUUUAGAAAUGUGCAGGAUAAUUGCUGCCUACGUCCACUUUACAUUGAUUUCAAGAGGGAUCUUGGGUGGAAAUGGAUCCAUGAACCCAAAGGGUACAAUGCCAACUUCUGUGCUGGGGCAUGCCCGUAUUUAUGGAGUUCAGACACUCAGCAUAGUAGGGUUCUCAGCCUUUAUAACACCAUCAAUCCAGAAGCAUCUGCUUCUCCUUGCUGUGUGUCCCAGGAUUUAGAACCCUUAACCAUUCUCUACUACAUUGGCAAGACCCCCAAGAUCGAACAGCUCUCCAACAUGAUCGUCAAGUCUUGCAAAUGCAGCUAAGAUUCUUGGAAAAGUGGCAAGAUGAUCAUCACACAAGGAUGAUGAUGAUGAUGAUGAUGAUGAUGAUAUGACAACAAUAACAAUGUAACAAGAAACAUAAGAGAGCCUUGCUUCAUCAGUGUUAAAAAAAAAAUUCUUUGAAAAAGCGGUACUAGUUCAGACACUUUGGAAGUCGGUGUUCCGUUUGUUAAAACUGGCAUCCGAAACAACACAACACAACACAAAAAACACGUUGAAGGCUUUAUUCUACAUUUCGCCUCCUCUGUAAGUGAGAGAGGCAAGAAGCAAAACCUUUUUUUUUUUUUUUUAAGAAAAAAAUAAACACUGGAAGAAUUUGUUAGUGUUAAUUAUGUGAAAGAAAAAAAAACAAAAACAAAAACAAAACAAAACAGGAAAAAUCCCGUUGAGUGGAGUUGUACAUACGUUCCUGUCCCGGGCCUCCCUUGAUUUUUCUGUAUUGCUAUGCAAUAGAAACCCUUCCCCUUUUCACUCUUAGAGUUAACAGUGAGUUAUUUAUUGUGUGUUACUAUAUAAUGAACAUUUCAUUGCCCUUGGAAAAUAAAACAGGUGUAUAAAGUGGAGACCAAAUCCUUUGCCAGAAACUCGUGGAUGGUUUAAGGAAUUUGAACUCAAACGAGCCAGAAAAAAAGAGAGGUCAUAUGAGUGGGAUGAAAACCCAGGUGAGUUAUUCUAUGACCAUGCAAGUCUGUGUUAAGAUAAAGACCCUGAGAAACACUAUGUACCAACUGCCUAAGGAAGCUGGUUGUAAGGUUCAAAGCCAAAAUGCCUGUCAAUAAAGGAAACUUUCCGUCAGAAUAAGUCUGGAAGAUUUUUUCUUCUUUCUAAUGGUAAAUGGUUCUUUGUCAGUUUAGCCCACCAGUGAAAUGUUGCCAUGUUUUGAUACAUACUGGUCAAACUUCAGACCUGUAAGUAUUGCUGUAUAGUUUUGCUAUAGGUUCUUCUUAGUUUCGGUAUAUGUAACCAUACCUAUGUUAUUGCAAUAGAUGGAUGUAGAAGCCAGUGUAAUUGGAAACACAGCUGCAAAUCGUUUUUUUUGCAAACUAUUAAAUCAAAACAUUAACUACUUUGCAUGUAAUGUGUAAAUUUUUACCAUAUUUUUCAUGUUCUGUAAUAAUGUCAACUAUGAUUUGGAUUGGAUAUAAAUUGGGGCUUUUUGUUUAAUGAUCACUCAGAAUUGUGUGUUUCCUUUAGCUGGCUAUUAUUUUUGAGUAAAGACCCUAGAUUUUGACUUGCACUAAAAAUACAGGUUUUAUAGUAUUUGCUCCACUGUGCUUCAUAAAUUAUCCAUUAUUAUGACAUAAGCUACCUGAGUCCACUUGUCCUUUUUUCUUUUAC